GCUUUUUUUUUUUGCGGUUGCGAUUCUAAAACCUGUCACACACGUAAAAACAGCGCCACGUCAGUCAACGGGAGGGGAGGCGGGACAUCCCCGACAGCCAGUAGCUCAUUGGCUACCGAAUGACUCCGAGUCUUACGUCAGCGUCCACCACCUCAGAGCGCCAAAAUCGUACCAAUAUCAGAGACAGUCAUGGCGAACCAGCAACCGGAGGUAUGGUUUUGUUAUAUUUGGAGCCAUAGAUGGCUUCUCACGAAAGAUAAUGUACCUGGGAGCAGCAACAAACAACAAAGCUUCAACAGCAUUAGGGUUUUUUUUGCGCUCAGUGGAGGACCACGGUGUUCCUAAUAGGGUUAGAGCAGACCAAGGUUGUGAAAAUGUGGACAUAGCAAGAUGGAUGUUUGCAGUCCGUGGGUGUGACAGAGGCAGUUUCAUGGCUGGCAAAAGUGUUCAUAAUCAAAGAAUUGAACGUUUGUGGAGGGAUGUGUGGAUGUCUGUCACCGUCAUCUACUACAACAUGUUUCACUGUUUGGAAGAAGAUGGACUGCUGGACCCGUCUGACAGUCGUCAUCUCUUUGCUGCGCAUUAUGUGUUUUUGCCACGACUGCAAGCUGACUUGGAAAGUUUCAUUUCCACGUGGGAUAACCACUCCCUUCGCAGUGAACAAAAUUUAACCCCCAACCAACUGUGGGCAAUGGGCCGAGCUCAAACUCCCAUCAAUCCACCUGUCUAUGCGCAGGGUUCUGUGGACAUUGGACAACAGUCUAACUCAAACCAGGCCGAGCAGGAAACGGUUGGAGUUGUUGUUCCGUCUGUGGCUUGUCCCCUCUCUGACUCAGACCUGUCCCAACUGUCCCAACUUUUCAACCCUCGUGGGACAUCUGAAAACCAUGGCCAAGACAUCUACAUUUCUGUACUAAACUAUGUAUGUCAUCACAGCAGAAUGUAAAAAACAACUACCAAUAUGAACAGAUCUCAACCAAAAUAAAAUAAUAAAUGGUCAAUAACCACCACUGGAA